AUGCCCCAAACAGAUGCAGAUGCAGAUGCAAAUGCAGAUGACUGCUUCGAGUACACCACUGGGAAAUGGAUCUACAAUGAUGCCCUCAGACACUCCGAACGGAGGAAAAUCUUCAAUAUCCCAGAACUCAAACGCCUGGCAGCCCACUCAAUCAACCAGUCCGAAAAUGAUCUGACCGGCUUCAAAAAGCUCGCCGAAGGUGGCUUCAACCGAACCUUUCUAAUCACCAUGCGCGAUGGCUUCCAAUUUGUCGCUCGCAUACCAUUCCCCGUCACAGAACCAAAAUCCCUGCUCAUCGCAAAUGAAGUCGCGACCAUGGACUUUCUCCGCUCGCACGGCUUCCCCAUCCCCAGGGUCUUCGGCUAUUCCACCGCUGCCGAUAACCCCGCGGGGACCGAGUACAUCUUCAUGGAACUAGUGACAGGAACUAACUUGGGCGAUGUCUGGUUCAAUUUAUCCGAGCAGGAACAGACAACCAUCAUCACGAAUCUCGUCCAGAUUGAGUCCAAAUUAAUGGCCCUAAGAUUUCCCGCAAGUGGAAGUCUUUAUUAUUGCGACGAUUUACCCAAUACUUAUCCUCGAAUUCUUAUUCAACCCAGCAACGCGAAUAAUGAGAACUCGAAACAGUUCUGCAUUGGCCCAGAUACUUCAUUUCGAUUAUGGUUUGGCAAAAGACUAAACCUCAACGUAGAACGCGGUCCCUACCAAGACUGCUUCGCAGCCCUAACAACAGGCGCGACAAAAGAAAUCGCCUACCUCUCAGAGUUCGGAAAACCCCUCCUCCCCUUCCAACGACUCCGCCGAGAAGUCCACGCCUACGAACCCCAGUCGCACAAAGACCAUAUCCAAAAUCUAAAGAAAUAUCUAGCCAUAGCGCCCGACCUAAUCCCCAACGGAGAAACAGACCAAUACCUCCACCGACCAGUCAUCCGACACCCAGAUCUCCAACCAAACAACGUCAUCGUAACAGAAUCCCUCCAAGUAAAAGGUCUAAUCGACUGGCAACACAGCACUAUUCUCCCGCUCUUCUUGCAAUCCGGUAUCCCCCUCUCUGUAAAGAGUCAAGAUAUCGUUGAGCCGGGAUUAAGUUCGAAGGAAUCGGAACCGAUUUCGUCAAGUCUGAGCCACAGUGACAACGACAGCGGCAGCGAAAGCGACAUCGACAACGACAGCGACGACCUGCUGCAACUAGUAGGCGAUAGCACCAGUAAACCCAGACACCACUGGACAUCAAAAGAACUAGAAAUCUUCCGCCGUCGACGCCUACACCGCGAAUAUCUCAGACAAACAGCAAAACUCAACCCAGAACAUUACGCAGCUCUAUCUGAGAAAUACAAUAAACUUCGUCGCAGACUCUGGCAUCACGCCGGUGAUCCGUGGGAAGGGGAUACCAUUACUUUGAAAUCGGACUUGAUCGUUUUAUCACGACGUUGGGCCGAUAUCACCGGCAAUACGGAUGUCGACUCGGAUGCCGAUUCGGAUACGGGGACGGGGACGACCUGCCCAAUUUCAUUUUCAGACGCGGAGAUCGGAGAAUGUCUUCGAUUAAACGCCGCGCAGGUCGAGGCAGAUGAACAAUUACAGGAAUGUCAGGAUAUUGUCGGUGUUGCUGGUGAAGGGUGGACUCCGAUUGCGUCGUAUGAGAAGGCCAAGGCCCGCGCGGCGAAGUUGAAGAUGGAGGCUUUUCAGGCGGCGGAGUCUGAUGAGGAGAGGAGGAGGUUGGAGGAGAAUUGGAUUUUUGAUGAUUUUGAUGAGGUUGAUUAUACAUGA